UAAAAAGGGGCCCAGGGCGUCCUAGAAAAGUAGGCCGCCCAAAAGUCCAAACCCACGCCUGUGAGGUUUGCCAAAAAGAAUUCAGCAAAGAAUCCAAACUAAUUCGCCACAUGACAGUACACGAUGCCACCAGAAAGCCCUUCGAGUGCGACAUUUGCAAAAAACGAUUCCUGAGGAUAGAUUUGUUGACCAGACACAUGGUAAUCCAUACUGCCCGACUAAAUUUUACGAAUAAUAUGAAAUUUGAUCACGAUAGCCUGGAUGCUAAAUCGGACGAAGACUCUGAUUAUUGUCCUGAAAUACUUGAACCCGAUUGUGAGAUAAAUGAUGAUGAUCCUGAAGAUUUAAAGCCCUUGGUGGAAAUUAUUAAUGAAUCUAAACCUGAGGUUAAAGUUGAGGAGAAUAAAAGUGUCAGCACCGACUCGGAUAACGACAAUAGAGACAACGAUAAUGAUAAUGAUAUUGAUGUUGAUAAUGUAGAUGAUAAUACCAAUGACGAUAACAAUGAUGAUCAAGGUGAUGAUAAAAAGUUCUAUAGAUGCGAUAAGUGUCCCCAAACCUUCAGACGCGAAGAAAAGUUAGACAUGCAUAAACAAAAAGCCCACAGAACAAAACGGAAAUACGGCAAACGAUUGGAAACAGACUUAUCUUGUAAAGUUUGCAAAAAAUCAUUCAACCGAUCAAGCCACUUAAGAAGACACGAAAAAAUACACAUGGAAGUUAAAGAACACAAAUGUACCUUAUGUCCCAAAACAUUUUCCAGAGGCGAGUUCCUAAUAAAUCAUUUAAACAAACACAGCGGUAUAAAACCUUGUGUUUGUCACAUUUGCAAUAAGAGUUUUGCAAAACAAGGUGUUUUGAAUAAGCACAUUUUAACGCAUAGUGGAGAAAAGACGUUUCUUUGUAAUAUUUGUGGUAAGAGCUUCAACGCCAGCAGCACCCUAAGACAGCACGUGUUUAGGCAUUCUGGAUUGAAGCCUUUCGAAUGUACUAUAUGCCAUGCUAAGUUUACUGAAAAAGGUACUUUGAAAAAGCAUAUGAUCACACACACAGGCGAAAAGGCUCACGUUUGUGACGAAUGCGGAAAUCGAUUCACGACAGGAUUCUCUUUAAUAAAACACAAAAGAAUUCAUAGUGGAGAGAGGCCUUAUCCUUGUGAUUAUUGUCCGAAACGAUUUAUCAGUUUAUUCAUUCUGCAGAACCAUGUUCGAACACAUACAGGUGAAAAACCAUUCCAAUGUCAGUAUUGCACCCGAGCCUUCGCCCAAAAAUCGGACAUGAUAAAACACACAAGAACACAUACUGGAGAAUCACCUUACGUCUGCACAAUUUGUGGACACGCCUUCAAACAACCUUCAGCAUUGAAAACACAUGGAAAGACUCACGAACGAACAUUACAUUUGCAGCAAGUUGCUGCUGCUGCAGCAGCCGUACAUUGAUAAAAAGACACAUGAAAUUAAAAUGAUUUAUAAUUAGUCAUUUCGACUUUGCUACAA